CAAGCUAUAAACUUGUGUAUGUCUUGCAAAGUAUUUUAAAAACAGACACAAAACUUCAAAACGACAGAACAGAAAGAGUGAGUGAUGAGCGGCAGAUUAGAUGAUCUCACUCCUAAACAAGUUGCAACCCUACAACAGUUUCGUGAUAAUGUCAAAGAUGUCUUGAAACCAGAACAUGAUGACCAUUAUUUAUUGCGGUGGCUUAGAGCCAGGCGAUUCGACUUGAAUAAAGCAGAGACAAUGCUAAGAAAUAACCUCACUUGGCGAGAGCAGAAUAAAGUGGAUACCAUCUUGGAAACAUUCACAAUUCCCGAAGUGAUUAAAAAAUACUACAUAGGUGGGCUGUUCGGUAGAGACAAGGAAGGCUCCCUUAUCUGGAUUGACCCAUAUGGAUAUAUGGACUUGAAAGGAAUGCUGAGAUCUGCCAAGAAGUCUGAUAUCAUAAAAAGCAAAAUCCAUCUCCUUGAAACUAUAUACAAGAAGUUUGAUGAACUCACACAAAAGGAAGGUAGGAGAGUUGACCAGCUUGUUAUUAUCUUUGACUUGCAAUAUAUGGGACUUAAGCAUUUAUGGAAACCUGGUGUGGAUGUCUUAUUAGAAGUACUAGCCAUGUUUGAGGACUACUACCCAGAAACACUGAAGGUUUCAUAUGUUAUCAAUGCACCUAGGAUUUUUCCAAUUGCCUACAGCUUAGUUCGUCCAAUUCUGAGUGAAGACACUGUGAGAAAAAUUCAUGUGUUAGGAUCCAACUACAAGGACACACUGUUGAAGUACAUUGAUGAAGACCAGAUUCCGGCUCACUGGGGUGGAACGUACACUGACCCGGACGGGGACCCUCGUGCUGUGUCACAUAUAUGUUUUGGGGGUGACAUUCCCAGUAGUUACUAUUGUCAGGAGUUGACCAAUCUUGAAAACUUCACCGAGACAUCGAUAGGAAGAGGUUCAUCUCUGCAGUUAGAAUAUGAAAUAAAAAUACCAAGAAGUUUGAUUCGGUGGCAGUUUAAAACUGAUGGCUUUGACAUUGGGUUUGGCAUCUUCUAUCGGAAAAGCAGCGGUCGUCAGAAAGCAGGAGAAAUGGAACCAAUUCUUGCUUCACAGCGAGUCAACAGUCAUAUGAUACCAGAAGAUGGCAGUAUUACGUGUCAACAAGAGGGAACAUAUGUAGUCCGGUUUGACAACACAUACAGCUGGGCUCAUGGUAAGAAGUUAUUCUACCUCAUUGAAGUUAUUGCGCCUGAUGUUCGUGAUCUUGAUAUGACACAGUCAUCACCAACAAAAGCAGAGACACAGUUUUACUUCAGUGACCAAGGUGUUAGUGAUGUCAAGAGUCCUGAUGUGAUCAGUUGAGGAAAAUCAGUCAAGAAAUUUGAGAGGAAAAAAAAAGAAAGAAAAGUCUACUUUCA